GUAUUUUACUAAUUUUCUUUACCGCCAGCUGCCAGCAGUCGUGGAAAAUUUCUAAAACAUUUUAAUUUUUUGUUUUAUACAAAACUAACGCUUUAAAGGUGCUUGACUUAGCGUUGUAAUUUUGAUCUUUAUAUCAAUAGCGUGGCAAUUACGGCUAGACUACCCGUCAACAACGUUCACUAUUUACAUUUGCAAGAUUUCUGUGUAUUGGUAUUGUUAUUUCGUCAUCCCUAUUUUCGUCAUAAAUAAUCGUGCAGGCCACACUCAACAUACAGAUAACGAAAACUAUUUCUUCAAAUUGCCGAAAUUAAGCAAAACACCAAGCAACUACGAUAUGGCUCAAUCUUUAGCUGGUGCAGCCUCUUCCGGCAACAGUAGCGCUGGCGCUGGUGUAACGAUCCCAGUAAGCACUAGCGGAGGCUUGGACGUCGGUGUGGAUAUAGAUUUAGUAGAUAUGAAGCAUUGCUUCGAAAAUCUCAUUGUGAUAGAUGCAGGCGCUAAUCUGACAAACAAAAAAUAUAGUCGCGACUUGGAAUCUGUAAUACAACGAGCAAAAGAUGCGGGUGUUCAGAAAAUUAUGGUUCCAGGUACUUCAGUAAAAUCUAGUAAAGAAGCGCUCCGUUUAUCACGCAUUUAUCCCGAUAUAAUUUAUUCGACUGCUGGCAUCCAUCCACACGACUCCAAAUCGAUCAUUGAGGAACCAAAUACUUGGUUCGAGUUCGAACAUAUUGCGGCUUCGCAGGAAUGCGUCGCUAUUGGCCCCUGUGGCUUAGAUUAUCAACGGGACUUCUCCGACCCUGAGGCACAAAAGGAGAUUUUUGAAAAGCAGUUGCAUUUAGCUUGUAAUUUAAACAAAUCACUGCUUAUACAUGAACGUUCCGCGCAACAGAAUGUUCUCGACAUACUGGACAAGUUUGAGAAUUUGCCGCCUGUGAUCAUACGUGGAUUCAUGGGAACGGCCGACGAAGCAGUCAAAUAUCUGAAUAGAAGAUUCUAUAUUAGUUUAACUGGUUAUUUAUGCAAGGACAAAUCGGAUAGUGGAGUACGCAAACUCUUAGAAAAUGGAACUCUUCCGAUCGAUAGACUGCUGGUCGAAACGGACUCGCCGUUUAUGUACCCAAAUACAAGAGCUUCUAAGCUGCCGCAACAUGUUAAGACUGGAAUUACAGAACGUUCGCUAUUAUACUUACAUAGGUACUGCACUUUUCAGCGUAACGAGCCUUGUAGUUUGCCCGCCAUAGUGGAAAUGAUAGCUGCUUUUAUGAAGAAAACACCAGAUGAAGUAGCUCUAGCCACCGCAUUCAAUGCAUUGAAGCUCUUUGGGCUAUCCUAAAAAUCAAUGGCUGUGAUUUUACUUUUGUAGACUGUCAUAGAAUUGCUUAGUGCGACCAAAUAACACUUAAAGCACAUGCUUUUCAAUCAUAAAAUAAGGAGUGAAUGCAUAGAGAGGAAUUCAAUAUGAAAGUGCCAAAUUUUUUUAUGUGGUAAUAUAGUGUCUUACGUGAAUUCCUAUAUACAUACACUAUGAACUACAAGACUUUCAAAGUGCCUUAAAUCAAGUGUGAAAAUCGACAAAUACUAUACAAACGAUUUAAAAACAAAUCCUUAAAGAGAAAAUAUUUUACGAAAUCGACACUUACUAUUUGUUAUAUACACAUAUAUAUAUACAUGAAUACUAACAACGACGUGUUUUUAAAGCGCAUGCCUAUCUGUAAUAUACUCAUAUUGAAUCAAUUGAAUGAUUCGAAUACAAAUAUUCGAAUCGCCUUAGUGUUAGUUGCAACUACAUACAAUCUAUCCUAGAUAUCCUAGAAUAAUUACUAAAACAAAGUACACAUUAUAAAGUGGCAUAAUGGACUAGACUAGAAACAGAAUAUGGAUGUUGAUCCAAAGAUAGAAGAAAUAGCUAGGUUAGGUUAGGCUGAAGCGGUUGUCCUGUGGGACGUACUCAGGCUCAUAGCCUAUUGUGAUGCCGCGUAUGGAACUUGUCCCCGUCUCUCCUAAAACCUCUGUGUGAAGAAAAAGCUAUGUAUGUACUUUAAAAAGUAAAUGGAAAUAUCUCAUUUCGUCCCAUGGAGUAUUUUCAUUAAAAAGAAAGAAAAAAAACAAAUU